AGUAGUAGUAUAUUGUUAUUGUUCUUUUUGGCUUCAACACAACAGUAACCACAUCUCUCCUUCUCACCUUCCCUUCUUCACUUUCUUAAACCCCCCUCUCCUCUUCGACAACCCAUUCAUUUUUUAGCUUCCUCAUCCAGAACUGAGGUGAGACACACCCUUCUCUCUUCCAAAUUCCGCUGCUACUUUUUCCUUCUUCGUCAUCAUACAUGCAUGAUGAAGAUUUUCAACCCCUCUGAAUGCUUUCUUCGGAACGUGGUAUGUCCAUCGGACACCAUCUUCCUGAAAAGCAUAAAUCUUUCUCAUCGUCUCCAUCCUCUCCUGGCCCAAUUAGCUACACCACAAUUCACUUAAUUUACUGUACCACUAUACUUGUUCUCCGAUGGAUCCAGAAAACCAACUCACCUCUAACCCGAGAAGCAUAAUCUUGAACAAGUACGAGAUGGGGCGGGUCCUGGGCCAAGGAAACUUCGCCAAAGUCUACCACGGCCGAAACCUCAACACCAACGAGAGCGUCGCCAUCAAAGUCAUCAAGAAAGAGAAGCUCAAAAAGGAACGACUCGUCAAGCAGAUCAAGCGCGAGGUGUCGGUGAUGAAACUCGUCCGCCACCCCCACAUCGUUGAACUCAAGGAAGUCAUGGCCACCAAAGGAAAAAUCUUCCUCGUCAUGGAAUACGUCAAUGGCGGUGAACUCUUCGCCAAAGUCAACAAUGGAAAACUCACCGAAGAUCUCGCCAGAAAGUACUUCCAACAACUCAUCAGCGCCGUCGAUUUCUGUCACAGCCGCGGCGUCACCCACCGCGACCUCAAGCCGGAGAAUCUCCUCCUAGACCAAAACGAAGACCUUAAAGUCUCCGACUUCGGACUCUCCGCUCUGCCGGAGCAGCGCCGCGCCGACGGCAUGCUCUUAACCCCGUGUGGGACCCCUGCUUACGUGGCACCCGAGGUCUUAAAGAAAAAAGGUUACGACGGUUCAAAGGCUGAUAUAUGGUCCUGUGGGGUUAUCCUCUUCGCUUUGCUCUGUGGCUAUUUACCCUUCCAAGGUGAGAAUGUUAUGAGAAUUUACCGAAAGGCUUUCAGAGCUGAAUAUGAAUUUCCAGAAUGGAUUUCAACUCAGGCCAAGAAUCUUAUUUCGAAACUCCUCGUUGCUGAUCCUGGGAAGAGGUAUUCUAUUCCUGAUAUAAUGAAGGAUCCUUGGUUUCAAGUUGGGUUCAUGAGACCAAUUGCGUUUUCUAUUAAGGAGUCUAACGUUGUUGAAGACAACGAGGGGAAACCUGCGAGGCCGUUUUACAAUGCGUUUGAGAUAAUCUCGUCCUUGUCGCACGGGUUUGAUCUUAGGAGUUUGUUUGAGACGAGGAAGCGGUCGCCAUCGAUGUUUAUAUCUAAAUUCUCGGCUUCGGCGGUGUUGGCCAAGGUGGAGGCGGUGGCGAAGAAACUGAACUUUAGGGUGACGGGGAAGAAGGAGUUUGUGGUGAGGAUGCAAGGGGCGGAGGAGGGGAGGAAGGGGAAGCUGGCAAUGACGGUGGAGGUUUUCGAGGUGGCGCCGGAGGUGGCGGUGGUCGAGUUUUCUAAGUCUGCCGGAGAUACGUUGGAGUAUGUUAGGUUCUGUGAUGAGCAAGUGAGGCCUUCUCUCAAAGACAUUGUUUGGAGCUGGCAGGGUGAUACCAACAGUUAAUAGUCAUUUGAUUUCUGUGUCUCUUUUUAUGGGACUAGUACUUUCUAUGAUCAUGGUCGUGGUUUAGUUUAGUUUGCCUUUUAGUUGUUGAAUUUGAUUUCAUACGUACUAUGUAAAUUUGGAGUGUGGAUCGAGUUUGUGACGGUGUUUGAUUUGAGGAUACUAGUAGCAAAAAUAACCCCGCAAAUUGUGGAAAAGUGAAUAAUACAUUGUUGUUCACUUUUCGUUAAGA